AUGAUUUUGGAAUGGGCCGGUGUGAAUUUGCUUUUUGAAAAGAUCGCGUACAAUUUGGUCGAAAAGUUUACACGUGCGACGCAAUUCGUUGAGCUCUGUAAAACUGUAACAAGAAAUGAACGCAUGGAUAUCUUACGA